CUGCGCGAGACGGUAGAAUUCACAACUAGAGGAGCAGGUGGAGCGCGAGCGGACGGACUUGUAGUGAAGCAACAAACUGGAUGACUUGUGUGUCUCACUGUCGGGACAAAAGGACGGGAAAAGUGUCCAGCGCAAGGCAGCAGCAAGAGCAGAAGAGAAACCUGAAAGUUGAGGAUUGUCUGCGUACGAAGUGACGGAAAAGACUACUGUCUUUAUAAGAGGUAGCGACCUCUAACCAUGCAGCACUACGGGGUGAACGGCUACUCUCUGCACGCCAUGAACUCCCUCAGCGCCAUGUACAACCUGCACCAGCAGGCAGCGCAACAGGCGCAGCACGCGCCCGACUACCGGCCGUCCGUGCACGCGCUCACACUGGCAGAGAGACUAGCUGACAUCAUCCUGGAGGCUCGCUACGGCUCUCAGCACCGCAAACAGCGCCGGAGUCGCACGGCCUUCACCGCACAGCAGCUGGAAGCGCUGGAGAAGACUUUCCAGAAGACCCACUACCCGGAUGUGGUGAUGAGGGAGCGGCUGGCCAUGUGCACCAACCUGCCCGAGGCCCGUGUGCAGGUUUGGUUCAAAAACCGCAGGGCCAAAUUCCGCAAGAAGCAGCGCAGCCUCCAGAAGGAGCAGCUGCAGAAGCAGAAGGAGGCUUCGGGGGAAGGAGGAAGCGAGAAGGAGGAUGCACCUCCCUCCACAACAAUCCUUACCGACACCCAGCUCCCUCCUUCAUCCUCGUCCUCCUCCUCUUCGUCUCUGGAGACAGAGGGUCCAGUAGUCCGUCCUGUGCCGCUGGAAAUGGAGCUGAACGUUACGUCAGCAGAACACUCUGGUAGCGAGUCAGCGACGGAGGACAAUGCCACAGAUAAGGAGGACGAGAGUAAACCUCAGAGAGAGGAGACAAAGUGUGAGAGAGCAGUGACUCCUGAGGGCAUCUCUCCAGCUUGCAAAAGACUCAGCCCUAAACCAGAAUCUCCCCUGGUAUCUCCGUCCGUGACCCCCUCCUCCUCCAUCAGCGGCCUGGCCGGCAGUGGUCCUCUCUCUCAGAGCCAUUCUUAUUCUUCCUCCCCUCUCAGCCUGUUUCGUCUGCAGGAGCAGUUCCGCCAGCACAUGGCCGCCACCAACAACCUGGUGCACUACCCUGCCUUUGACCUCUCGGCCCCAUCUUCACUCCCCUACCUGGGGAUGAAUGUUAACAUGCCCCCCGCGCCGCUGGGCUCUCUGCCCUGCCAGUCCUACUACCAGUCCCUGUCCCAUCACGCUCAGCAGGUGUGGAGCAGCCCGCUGCUGCAGGCGUCGGCUGCAGGCGGCCUCACCAGCCACAACAGCAAGACCACAAGCAUCGAGAACCUCCGUCUGAGGGCUAAACAGCAUGCUGCCUCGCUGGGACUGGACACAAUGUCUAACUGAGAAUCAGAUCGUAUGGACGACAAUGUAAACUAGGCCAGAGCCUCGGCCUACACAUCACCCCAUCCCACUGCGUGUCUGUCAUCGUUCUUUAGGAGUCGUAUAGUGACCCCUUCACGAGUACAUGGGCACAGGACAUGCAGAGAUGUCCAAAAAUAAAACAUGCCAUCAUGCACUGGACCUACAGAACGACAUGUAACAGCUUUUUAAAGCCGACACACACUUCAACAGCUGGUUUGACUCCUCUUAGCUUCAGUUGCAGCUCAAGGUCCAAAAGUAUAACCCCGGGAAAAGAGAAUCCAUAAGAUAUAGAACAAUGCUAGAACAAUGAAAUGGAUCAAAUUAAUUUCCCAACUCAGAGGACAGUUGAAGUAUUCCUGACUCUUAUGAUGACGUUUCAAACAGACACACAAUGCUGCACCUUCUUAACAUCUAAAAUAAAUUAAAACAAUAAUCACUGAAAAUGAUUUACACAGCUGAUGAUGGAUGCACUCGGUUUGAAAGAAUAAUGUGAAUAAAUGAGGCACUUUUGAAGGAAUUGGGCUCGUUGGCCAGGAGAAAAAGAAACGUCUGUGCAACAAAGAGACCAUUUCUGUCACAGGACCCCCUGACAUUUCAAUUAAGCAACAUGGUUAUGUACAUAGCAUGUACUACAUAACAGCACAUAAAUAAAAAAUAAACUUCAAGUCAUGUUGUCCUCAACAGCAUAAUUAAAAGUGACUAAUUUACCAGUUUAAUGGCCAGUAAUAUGCCACUUUGUACAGAAGGCUGGCUUGAUAAUGAGAACAUGAUUUCAGUGACUAAAUUCUCAAAGCCUUUAAUUACAUUUUGCCCCGGGCUGAGGGAGCUGGGGCAAAUGCAAUUAUGAACAUGCAUACCAUUUAAGACCACCGAAACAGCCAAUUAAGGCAGCAACAUGAUUCACUUCACCGUGAGUUGAUCAAUUUCAUUUGAAAACAAAAUAUGUUAAACAAAUUUGGACGUUUGGAUAAAUGUCUGGACCCAUAUUUUGUCAGCAUUUAUUCUCGCCUUAAUGUUCUCUUGGGGGACACAUGCAGCUUUUCACUGAAAGUCAGACUGGCUGAUAGCACUUGAUGACGAGAAUCACACACGUCUCUGAUGUUUUCUGUUAAUGUGUUUUGGAAGCUAAUGUCUUCAUAUGAAAAAAAAGCACAUUAUUUUAAUAUGUAAAAAACAAAAAAAAGUCUAUCUAUUAAUGUUUACUGGUAAGGUAAUUGUAAAGUUCCUAUUAUGUUGUAUAAUUCAUAAUGGACUGUCUCAGAUAAAAUUCCUUUAGCUGUCAAAAUGUAAGAAUGUAUUUGCUGAGCUCACCGGCAGCCCCGUCGACCGCUCCUCCCUUGGUUGUCUGUGUAACGAUCCUGGGUUAAUUCAAAUUUUAAAUGUGUUCAGUUUCUGCACUUGCGAGAAAAAAGAAACAAUUGAGCAAAUUUGGAUUUCCGGUAAUCUGUCACCUCCUGUCUGUUGCAAUCCAGACAGAAAGUCAAAGAAAGUGAACAGAUUUCAGUGAAUUGACCUGAGUCCUCUGUGUACUGCUGUCUUGACUCUAUUUGAGUUAUGUUGUUGCUAUUAUUCUAAUGAUGCCCCCCCCCACCCCACCCCCCCUCACUGUCUCUG